AUGGUCUGCAAGGCUUCAGCAGAACUCUGCUUUCCACAACUCCUCAACACAUCUUGCAAAAAGCAGACACGUCCUCACUCUGAGACAAUGAUCAUUUACAUUGUGUUUUCCUCCAUCUCUGUGCUGACUGCAUCUCUCAACCUGCUGGUCAUCAUCUCCAUCUCCCACUUCAGGCAGCUCUACAACCCCACCAACUUCCUCCUCCUCUCUCUGGCUGUCGCUGACUUCCUCGUUGGCCUCUUUGUGAUGCCAUUACAAAUCCUCUUAACAGAACCGUGCUGGUUUCUGGGUGACCUGGUGUGUGUUCUGUGCUUUUUCUUAAACUGUAUCACUGUCAAUGCGUCAGUAGUAAACAUGGUUCUCAUAUCAGUCGACCGUUAUGUGGCUAUCUGUGACCCUCUGCGCUACCCCACCAAAAUCACUCAAAAGAGAGUUCAAGUCUUUGUUCUCCUGUGUUGGAUUUAUUCUAUUUUCUAUAGCUUUUUGGGUUUAUAUGAUAACCUGAAACAACCAGGCAGGUAUAACUCCUGCUAUGGACAAUGUGCAGUUAACAUAAAUGGAGCUGUUGAUAUUGUUUUGUUCUUUAUCCUUCCCAUUACUGCCAUCAUCAUUCUGUAUAUGAGAGUGUUUGUGGUGGCUGUGUCUCAGGCCCGUGCCAUGCGCUCUCACAUUACAGCUGUCACACUGCAGCUUACAGUGACUGUGACUGUUAAGAAAUCAGAAUUGAAAGCAGCCAGGACUCUUGGUGUCCUUGUUGCUGUGUUUCUCUUGUGUUACUGUCCAUAUUAUUGUGCCACUUUUUCCGGCUAUGACAUCAUGAUGGGUUCUUCAGUUGAGGUUUUUAUGAGUUUUUUGAUGUAUUUUAACUCCUGUCUAAACCCUGUGAUUUAUGCCUUUUUCUAUCCCUGGUUUAGAAAAUCUGUCAAACUCAUUGUUACACUUGAGAUA